CACACACAUGCUCCUCACCAUGGAAACGCUUCUCACCUCUGGGUCGUCGUGGAGACACUCCUCACCUGGACAGUAGACUCCUCCCUGCAUAAACCGGAAAUAUAUAGUUUAGCCAAUCAGACACCUGGCGGCUGGAUGGAAUAAGGAAGUAAUCUGCAUAGGCUAAUCCUAAUCCACAGACAAAGGCAAUUAUAAUUCGAGAUCUUCUCGGCAGGCUGGGCUUGACUGGCUGGGUCUGUGGGAUUGAUUCACCAAAGACUGGAGGAUACCCAAAAUGUAUUUCUCCAAUAGGAUUCCCAGAUCACGCUUGUGACAGCACGCACAUGGAUCUAAUCUUCCUCUCUCCCAUUGACCUCAAUACAACCACAUGGUGAUCUGUUCAACUACCCAUGCUCUGUAGUUGUUCAUGGAAGUAAUUGUUGGUUGUGCCUCUAAGUUUAAACCCUCUCUGACUCUCUACCCACUACAGGUAGUGACCGGCUUUUGCACAGAAGGCUGUAGUGAAUAGAGGUGGAUGGAAGCGCCUUUGAUGUGGUUUAGAUAAUCUAUUGUUUGCUUUUGGCUGUCUGGUGACAAGGAGGCUAUUUUUGAUCAGUCAUGUUCGGCAGUGUGAAGAAAAUCAUCUCUCUGUUUGAGACUCAACGGCAGCCUCGCCCCCUCUCUCUACCUUCUUCCCUCCCUCCAUCUCUACCUCCUUCCCUCCCUCCAUCUCUCUCUCCAUCUCUACCUCCUUCCCUCCCUCCAUCUCUCUCUCCAUCUCUACCUCCUUCCCUCCCUCCAUCUCUCUCUCCAUCUCUUCCUCCUUCCCUCCCUCCAUCUCUUUCUUCAUCUCUUCCCCUAUCCCUCUCUUCCUCCCUAUCCCCUCUCAGGUCCAGUAAAAAAGCCCCACAGUCCCCCUUAAAGAGACACUCCUCUCCUUCUGCCUCCCUCUCCGGCUGCCCUUCCUCCCUCUGCCCCCAGACCAAACCCAGACUCCCCCUUACCCCCCCACCUGUCCAUCAACCACUACAACUUCCUGCUAGAUGGAGAGUCGGAGAAGAAGGCAGGGAGAGAGUGAGUGAUACGGGUUGGGGUCAUGGAGGGCUGAGAGGUCGUGGGGGGGUCAGGGUUAGGGACUCAUGGCCGAGCGGACGGCAGGAGCUUCAGAUGAGGAACCAAACAUCUGUCACCAUGAAGAUUCCACAACACUUUAGGACCGCAACUAAACCUCAACUCCAGACCACUACUCAACCCCAACCUCAACCCCAGACCACUACUCAACCCCAACAUCACCAGCAGACCUCUAUUCAACCCCAGACCACUACUCAACCCCAACCUCAACCGCAGACCACUAUUCAACCCCAGACCACUACUCAACCUGAACAUCAACCGCAGACCACUAAUAAACUCCAGACCACUACUCAACCCCAGACCACUACUCAACCCCAACCGCAGACCACUACUCAACCCGCACAUCAACCUCAGACCACUACUAAACCAAAACCUCAACAGCAGACUACUUCUAAGUCUGAACCUCAACCCCAGACCCAGACCACUACUCAACCCCAACCUCAACACCAGACCCUGGCCCCGCUCCCAUCCUGGUCGCUGUGUCUGAAGGGUACACCUUCGGUCCGGAACGCUGAGGCAGCCUUCCUGUCCCUGCUGCUCUUCUGCCACAGUGGCUCCAGUAGCAGUAAGAUUGCAAUUGACAACAAGAUUGAGCAAGCCAUGGACUUGGUGAAGAGCCACCUGAUGCUGGCUGUGAGAGAGGAGGAGGAGCUACUGAGGAAGCGGAUCAACCAGCUGUCAGAGAGGAACGCCCAGCUGGAGAGAGAGAACUACAUACUGAGAGCACUGAGAGACAGACAGAGACACUAACGCACUCAUCCGCGUACACACUCACACACACACAAAGAGAAGCUAACAGUAUUAGUACAUGCCUUUCAUUUUCUAUUUAAAUGGGUGUUUUGAAUAAUCCUGUAAAAUGUGUAUUUAUAUUUAUCCUUUAUGUACCCAGGCGAGUCAAGAACAAAUUCUUAUUUACAAUGACAGCCUGGCUAUGAUGAUGAUGAUGUCUCGUGUAAUGAUGAUGCUGUAGUUAUGAAGAGGCCUGGUUCCCAGUCUCUAUAACGUUCCACUUCUUAGCCUACUCCAUGUCGUGUGCCAAUGGCAGUUAAUGAGUGGAAUGUUAGCUAAACGGAGACAGGUAACCAGGCUAAUGAAGAGGGGUUCUGAAAGAGAAAGUGUGAAGUGUGCAUAUAUAUUCUGUUAU